AUGUCUGACUCAAAUAGGUACUAAUAAUAGCACUCAUUCCAAGCCCUAGAUACUCGUAAUAGCAAUACAUUUAGUAUUGAUGGGACUUUUAGGAACUAUUAUCAAGCUUAAUCUUACAACGGUCAAAACAACAUAGUAGACAUUGGAUCUAUGUAAAAAAAUAUAUAGCAAAAUAAGUAAAAAUCAUAGAUAGACAACAGCUUUGUUGGAGAAGGUUUUAGCAGUUUCAACCCUUAUUAGAUUCCUCCUAACUGGAAAUUAGCUGAUAUUCAUAGAGAUGCUACAUCUGUAGGCAAGCCUAAGAAACAAUUCAAUCAGCCAUUCAAAAACAAUUAAGUUUGUCCUUGUUGCGGUUUUUAAAUAAACAAGAAAUAAAUCAAUAUGAUGGAUAACUACACUAUUCUCUCUUUCUUAGGUUCUGGCUAUCCUUUAUUUUUUAGUUUUACUAAAUAUUGUUUGUAUAUCUUAGCUACAAUAUUGUUUACUUCUGGAGCAUACAAUUUAUAUACCAAUUAUAAAGGCACUUAUUGUCUUACAAAAAAACAGAUAAAGUAGGGAUUACCUUUAUACUGUGAAGCAGAUUAUGUGUCAACUCUUACUAUCAUUAAUAAAGCAAAUGACGAGUAAGCGAUGACUAUGCAAAAUAUUUUGAAUUUAUUUACAACUAUUUUACUCAUUGUGCUGUGCUUGUUUUACAGAAAUGAGUAAAAAUAAAUUGACUAUGAUGUCGAUGCUGAAGAAAUUACACCUGCAGAUUACACGAUUAUGAUCAAAGGUAUUCCACAAAAUAUGAGUGAAUAGGAAUUAAAAGAGUAGCUUGUUUCUUUUAGAGAACACGAUGAAGAAAAUAAUGAUCCCCUAGUUGUUUCUGAUAUUACAUAUAUCUAUAAUGUGAAGCACGUUAAGGAUAUAGACAAAAAAGUGCAUCUUUUAGUAAAAUAGAAAUAGGAAGCCCUUAAAAAUUUAGAUGAAUACUCAGAAGAAUUCAGAAAUAUUUAAAAUGACUGGGAUGAUAAAAUUUACUAUGUCUUGCUUUAAAGUUUAAGUUACUUGAAAUGUGUAUAAGAUGAUAAAACUUAAUUCACUGGAUAUGCAUUUGUUUCUUUCGAGCAAGAGGAUGACAAGCAGUUUGUGUUGUAAAGUAUAGAUAAGACUUUAUGGGAAGCAAUAAAAGAUUAUUUUUUUUCACUUGCUCCAGAAUAUAAAGAAUUAACUCUUAAAAAAACUAAUACAGUUGUUUAAAUGACAGAAUCUCCUGAACCUUUAGAUAUUAUUUGGGAUAAUCUAACAAUGAAGGAUAGUGAAAAAUCAGGAAUAAGAAAAAUAACUUUUUACUCAACUUUGGCCAUUACUAUAUUUUGUGCAUACAUCAUUUACUUGUUAAAUUAAUAUCAAAAUGCAAAUAGUAAUGAAGGUGAUAAUAAUGCUGAUGACCUGUCAAUUUAUACUUAAAUUAUGGAAUAACUUUCAUUUAAUAACUUAAUCACUUCAACAGCAAUUAUCUUUAUAAACAGUUUUAUAAUAAAUCUCUCUUUCGCUUAUUUUGUGAAUCUAGAGUGCUACAAUACACGUACUAUAUACAAUGUUUAACUUGCAAAAAAACUCACAAUAGCUCUGUUUAUUAAUAGUGCUUUGGUCAUUACUUUCAUCAGCUUUUUUGUUACAAAAAAUGUCUACAAAAAGGGAGGACUUAUUUAUACUACUUUUUACUAUUUUGUGAUAGAUAUAUUUCUUUCUUUUAUAUCAACUCUCAUAGAUGAAGAAUAUUACUAUUACCUCGUCAAGAGAUGGUGGUAUAGCAGAAAAGGUUCUAAAAGUAGAUUAACUUAAGAAGAAGCAAACAAGAUUUAUUAAUACCCUAAACACGAAGUUGAAAUGUGCUAUGCUGAAUUGAUGAAUAAUAUGUAUAUUUGUGUGUUCUUUUCUUCAGCUAUUCCUAUUGGUUUAGCUUUCUAACUAGUGAGUAUAUUCCUUUAUUAUUGGAUUACAAAGUAUAUAUUAAUAAGGUAGAAAAGAGUUGAUUAUUAAAUUAGUGCUGCUCUUUCUCUUGAAAUGACUAAUUUCUUAGAAAUGCUCAUUCCUUUGUAUGCUAUUUCUAAUGCUCUCUUUGAGUAUUCAGCAACUGGUGAGAUUUAAGUAAUAUAAAUGGUCACAAUUUUUAUUAGUGUCUUAUUCUCUGCAGUCCCUGUUUAAGUUAUUCUCGAAAAUAUAGUUAACUUUGAUAUAUAAGUUGAGGAAAUUAGCUAUUCAAAAGCUAUUUUCUAAUUCGCUUCUACUUACAAAAAAGAAGACCCUUUUUCUUCAUUUGAAAGAAGACACUUUAGUAGAAAAUUCAGAAAUGAGUCUUUUGUUGAAUUAAAUUGA